GCGCGGGCCGCUCUGGGCGGCGGGGCGGAGCGCGCUCGGUGGCGGGGCGGGGCGCGGCGCUCAGUGCGGGGCGGCCGCGGGCAGGGUCGGAGCGCGACAUGGAGAAGCCCCGGCGGGCGGUGGUGGUGACGGGGUUUGGUCCAUUUGGAGAACAUGCUGUUAAUGCCAGUUGGAUUGCAGUUCAGGAACUGGAGAAGCUAGGACUGCGAGAGGAUGUGGAUCUGCAUGUGUAUGAAAUCCCAGUCGAAUAUCAGACCGUGCAAAGACUAAUUCCUGCGUUAUGGAAAAAGCACAGUCCACAACUGGUGGUUCAUGUAGGUGUUUCGGGUAUGGCUACAACUGUAACUCUGGAGAAGUGUGGCCAUAACGUAGGUUAUAAAGGCUUAGACAACUGCCGCUUCUGCCCAGGCUCUCAGUGUUGCAUAGAAGGUGGCCCAGAAUGCAUCGAUUCCAUUAUUGACAUGGACACAGUUUGCAAGAGAGUCUCAGCACUGGAGCUGGAUGUCACUGUCACUAUAUCUAAGGACGCGGGCAGAUACCUUUGUGACUUCACUUACUAUACUUCCUUGUACCAGAGCCGUGGGAGGUCCGCUUUCGUUCAUGUGCCUCCGCUGGGAAAACCGUAUACUGCAGAACAGCUGGGUCGGGCACUACAGGCUAUAAUAGAAGAAAUGCUUGAUGUUUUGGAGCACUCUGAAGAAAAAAUCAAUUGUCAGCAUGAACACUGAAACUGGGCAGAAGCUAUCUUAGUAUUGCACUUCCAAAAUUUUCCCGGCUACGGAAGUACUGGGGAAGACAGUCUGUCUGAAACGUACAGAACAAGAAUUGGAGACUUCAAAAAUGAAAAUUCCACUUCUAGAAACUGACAUUUUUUGUCAAAUAUGUGCAUUUCAGCCUAGGCAACAAAGGAUUCAAAAGUCUCUUCUUUUAAACACCUGCAACUACUCAUUUCUGAAGUGACUGAAGUAUGUGCGCUGUGCUUUAUCCAGAGCUUAUCUGUCAGUCAAGUGACAGCUACUGACCAGUCUAAUACAGCACAGAUGGAAAGUUUCUCAUCAGGACUUGGCAUUCAGGUGCGGGGAAUUGAUAAAACCAUCUUCUAAUGACUAAUUCUUAAGCCGAAAGGUUUGCUUUCAUUUUGUUUUGAUUUUCCACUCUGGCCCAAAUUAUAGGUCAUGAUGUAAAAGUUUAACUGAAAAUAGUUGGAGUGGUGUGGGAUUAUCCGUUGUAAAACAGUACUUGUUAGAGACGAGGAGUCUUCUAAAUUGUUUUGCUAAAAUCAGAAAAUAUUUUAGGCACCGAUUUCUCACAUACCCCCAAUCUCCAAAUAUUAGUAGGGCUUUCUGUAACGUACUGGUUAACCGGUAGCUGCAAAUGGGAGGGACGUGUUUUGGGUUCCUUUUGUUGUGAAGCAGGAGAUAGCUUUUUGUACACAGUAUGAACCUAACUUGCGCCAAAUACUUCCAAAUGUCUUUUUUAUUAUGCUCUUGAUGCCACCUUCCUCACUCAAAUCAACAUAUACCUCCUGUACAAAACACAUUGUUUCGUAUGUGUAUAAAGCAAAUUAUUAGCGGUUAAAUAGCUUUGUUAAAGGCCACUUUCUCUGCAGGAGAUCUUUAUCCUAGACUCAUGGUGCUAGCUGUUAUUUUUAAGGUGAAGGUUGAGUAAUUUAUAACUUCCUUCGUUAUAAAUUCUCAUUCUCGUUAGAGGUUAGAUGAAGAGUAAUGUUUAACUUGAAUUCUAAGUUGCCACCUUGAUUUAUUUUAGGCAUAAAUAUGCUAACAUGUGGACUCAAAGAUAUUCUGCCAAUUCAAAUACUCUAAAAUCUUAAACCUAUUCCCACUGUCUGUAAACCAGAGACAGUUUUUGGAAAACUAGGAGUUUUGCCUAGAAUGAGCAGUCCAGGUGGUUUAUUAGUGCCCCCCCUCCCAAUGGGAGGGUGUGAAGCGCUGCUUCUUGUGUGGACUUUCCAAGUAAUUCAUUUGGGAAAACGUAUAUACAGGUUCUGAGCAGGACUUUAAGAGUUAUUUACGCUAGGAGUAUCGUUUGCUUCCAAAUUACAAGACUCCAGUGAAAGAAAGAGGAUGCCGUAGUGGGAACAGAAAUAAAAUUGGUAAUUGAAGACCAGGAUGUCUCAUUAAGGAGUCACUUAAAUGAGAAGGUCUGUGCUUUGAUUCUAAUACUUUUACAAAUAUAUAUAUAUAUAUGUAUAGAAACCCAACAUUUUGAAACUUCUUAGGAUAUCAUUAUUUUAAUUUUUCUAAUUAUGGAUGAUUCUGCUACAGUAUCUCUCAGUGAGAGCUGCUAUUAACUUGCUGUUUUCCAGUAGAAGUUUAGUGAAGAAGAAAAUACCACUUCUCCUUGUAACUCUGGAGAGAGGAUGCAGACUUCUGCAGUUGUAAUAACUUCGCUAAGGGAAACUGUGUAUGAAGAUGUUGGGAUAUACUUCUGGCUUACCAAGCAAAAUACUACUGUACUUUCUAUCAAAAGAAUUUGCCUUCAAAGCAAAUAUUCUCUUUUGCAUUCAAAUACAAAGUAGCACUUGUCAGAUUGUCAGCAGGCAGGCAGACUUUCUGAUUAGUAAUUUAUUAUAUUUAAUGUUUUGUUUAAAUAUUGGUGAUUUGACAUAUUUUUGCAAAUAGUUAAGGUACUUAUCUUCUUGUAGGUUUAUUCCUUUAUCUGGUAAGAAGUUUUUAUCACCAGUGUAUCUUAGCUGCUAAACUUUUAAAAAAGAAAUAAUUCAUGUGUUCUGCUGAGUUCAGCAAUCGAUUUAAGUAAUUUUCAGUAACGCUAUUUAAUGCACAUUUAAUAUUUCUAGCGGUGAGUAAAACGGGAGUGGAAGAUCAGCAGUUUAGUGAGGCGAGGAAGCGACCGUGGCUUGAGGCGCUGUGAGGAUGGCCGUACGGAGGGCCGGCUGGCCUAGCAGAGCAAAGCCCACGGACGCUGCGCUCAGAAGGCCGCCGGCAAGGUUCAGCCUCGCGGCUUGACCGUUUGGGUCACCUGCAGAAGCCGCGCUGCCCUGCUGGGGCAGAGGCCUUCUGCUGCGUGCUCCCUGGCUGCUGGUCCUCGCCCCGUCGAGGAGAGAGGUUGGGGCAGAUCACGGCUCGGCCUUGUGCUCUGUUACUGAUAAACGUCCCUAGCUCCGAAUGAGAUGCGCUGUAUUUAUCAGUGUUUAUCCGUGGAAUGUUUUAUGCUUCCUUUGAGCGUAAGCGGUCAGCCUGGGGCAUCGCCGCUGGCGUGGAUGCUGCACCGGCCUCGGUGGGAUUCACUUGGGGCGCUGAGGAGUUAUACGGGGUGUGCGCGAGGAAGAAAAUCGCCAGAUUCGUCAGCAGGGAAGGUAGAAGGUGGAAACUGCAUGGGGAGAACCGCUUCCCAAAUUAGUUUAUUCAGCCUGUGGAAUUUUUCCUGCUCAGCACCUAGAGCUGUUCUUCCUAGAAGUGUAUCUUUGGUCCUCUCUGCCACUCAAAGGGAAAAUCUGAAUUGAUUUCAGUGACUUCUGUUUGUCUCAGAACUGCAAUAGCUGACUUUCUACACGUCAGUGUUAAAAUUCUCAUUCUCAUAAAUAUUUUGCUUUGAGCGUCAUUUUAAACCGUGCAUUUCCUCAUAAUCUGUUUUUGUGACGCCUCCAUGUGAUCAGUUUGUUAAACAACAUUAUUUAUUUUAUAAUCUUUUUGUUCUCGAGAAUUAGUCAUCAGAGUUUGUAUUUGUAAAGGGUGUCUUGGUGGUAGAGAGAUUUUGUAUAGUGAAACUUUUUAAAAUGGCAUUAAGCUAAUUUUAUUUAAUCUCAACCUAAAUUAAAUACUUUUGUUUUUUAAAAGUUUUUUUUGUUAAAUUCAUUAAUUCAUAAUGUCUUUCCUAUAGCUGCAUAUUUUCUUUGGAAAUAUGACAUAAAAAUGAUGCAGAGCUUCAAAGAGGUGAUGUUUUGUGUAAUGCUUGCUCUCCGCUUUCUCUUCCAGAUCAUCAAUAAAUAGAAUUUGCUAAUUUGCACUGACUGGGAGACCUGUUGCCAACUACAGAAAUUUUUGUGCUAGUGAGUAAGCGUAGGAAGUUCAGGUUUAGUGUUCCUUGCUGUGCCUGCAAUUUAGAAAAUGCAAACACUGAUAACGGUUUAGAAACAUGUGACUGCAAACUGGGGUCUGAUAAUACCCUUCGCUGAGAAAUGGGUGUGAGAGUAUUUUGUGUGGAAGGGAGAAUUAGGGAGGUUCCCCUGUUUUGGGUCUGAUGUCAUUUUAUGUACUUGCCAACAGCUUGGGGUAGGGAUUGGCUAAAGAGUGGGUGAAGUUUGUUGAUGAUGAUUUAAUUGUUUUGGUUAUUAAAUGCUGCGGAGGAUUUUGAGGAACUCCAGAUACUCAUAAACUCCUUCAUAAACUGGUGACUGUGAUGUCAGGAGAUACUUCCUUUGGGUUAAGACACCGUAAUCUACUUUAUGAGACACAGCAAAAAGAAAAAAUCCUGUGAGCUUGAAAGCUGCUUUACCUUAAGACUAGUGGGGCUAUGACGGACCGUUGCGCAGAAGCUAUCUGCUUUUUGACAGUUUUGGAAAGGAUGUCAGGAUCUGUAAGAUCAUGUGGAACAGUUCGUGCUUAUUUGGAGUAUUUCCCAAUCUGAUUGCUUCCUCUUGAGCAAGGUGGUGGUGGGAGAGGGUGGAAAGGUCAUGAAGAUGGUUAGAGGUAUUGAGUGGGGUUGUGACAUGAGACUGCAGCCAAGAACUGUUUAGCUUAAAGGGUUUUCGGGGAGGAAACUGACUGAGGAUGUUCAAAAGUUCAGGACUUGAGAAGUGACCAGUCGUUCUGCUUUCACCCCGAUGAGGAGGGAAGUUCAGAGGCGAGGUAUCUGGAGAAAAUGUGAAAGAGUCGCUGCUUCCCGCGUCUCAGCUGUGGGAUCCGCGGGUGACUCCUUGCAGAAAUGGGGAAGGCGUUUGUCCGCGUGCAGCGUCACCCUUUAAAGCACUGCGGGUUGUCCCUGUUCUGCUGCAGCAUUGGGUAGUGCUGCUGCCCGCAGCAGAGCUGACUUGCUGAGCCAGGGCUCCCAUCUAAUGUCACCUUAUCUUUAUCUCCUUAGGGUUUGUACUGCAAGUACUGUGUAAGUCAGGUAGGAAACUGCGCUAUUUGUAUUUACUUAUGUACACCGUCUCACUUAGAUGUAGCAUUCGAACUUCAGCGUGUCUCUCUUAUUGUUCUGCCAGUUGUGCAGGCAAUAUUUAACCUUUUAGUGCCUCAGUCAGCUGGCAAAAGGUGUUAUUCCAGGCUGCUGUCGCUGAGUGGCAUGCCUGGAAUAAGCACCCACGAGCUUCCAGGCCUGCAGACUUGCAAAUGGACAGCACAGACUCCCAGUGUUGUUGUAUUUGUUAAUGAAAGGUUUUUAAAAACUUACAGUCUACCUAAGUUUCUUCUAAUACUUGAAUAAUCUUCAUUCAAUUGAGUGUGUAAUUCACUGACCUUGCAUGCAGGCUUUCUUAGGAAAUGUAUAAAGGAAUUGCAGUAGGAAGAGCUUCCUAAAACCAAAAAUGGGAUAAUUAUGUAAAUGAGUUGAAUUGGUAAUUCCCAGCUAACACAAGAGCUAGCACUAGGCUAAAUCAGCUGUUAUGAUUUGACCAUGUUAUAUCAUGGUUUAAGUAGUUGUGACUUGUGCAUCUUUUUAACUUAUAGUGUGUUUCUAACUCUCUAACCAUGCAAUUUGUGCUCAGACACUAAGCUACUUCAAGAGGGAGUGGUAGUGUUUGAAAACUGACUGGAAACCAAUGUUUAGUCGUAGAAAGUACAGUUGUGUAUUUUUUUAAUUAUGAUUUUCAGAAUUCAUCCUGCAGUGCAGAUAUUAAAAUUGUUAGCAAUUGAUUUGUAUGCUUGGAACAAACUUUCACAGAGUUACUUCACUCCUCUUGUCUCCUUUACUUACUUUAAUAUGCCAUCCAAUAAUGUUUUAAUGAAAUUUCAGAGCUGCAAAGACUUGUUUUCAAACUUAAUUUGUUGGCAUGGAUAAAAUAUCACUAGCUGAUAUCAUAAGUACACAUCUCAACUGAUGCAGAUGGUUUUGUUAUUUUUGCACCAGAAACCCUAAUGUUUUGCAGUAUAAAAUGCACUUUUUCUUAAAAACUUGUAUUCAUGUCUGAUUAGUGUCUUAUGUGACUAAAGUGACAGUUUUGCCAAACCUGCAAAGUAGAAACAAAGCUGAGAAUAUUGUUAAUUCUUCACCUUAUUAACUGAAAGCUGAGAUCUGCUUCUGCUCAGUCUGUUUUAAGACAAAAUAGAGAACAAAAUGCCUCCCAAUAAAUAGGAAUUAGAUAUAGGAAAUGAGACUACACACUGCCCUUAAAUAAGUCUGUGCUACUUAAGUACACGGUCAGGUUUUAUAUUGCACCAGCUUCUUGAAUUGCAAAUGUUUACUUUGAUUGAACAGGGAGUGCCUUGUCCUGCGCUGGGCUCGCUUUGGGAAGCAGAGUGGCGGUGAUGGGGACAGAUGAGCCAUUCGCACCUGAGGUGGGUGGAAAGACUGGGCUUUUAUCACUGGGAGAAACUGCUGAACUCCCUCAGUGUCCCCUUUAUCCAAGUGUGCUCUUUAGAAACUGCACUGAAUUGCGUUCUUGAGGUUUUCUGAAACACAUUCAGACCCGACAAAGGAAAAGCGGAAUAUUUGCUACUUACUUGUCAUUGUCGGUUCGAUGGGCCACUUUCUUUAUAGUUAUUCUGUCGUUCUUUAAGGUUUUGUGUUUUGUUCGGACUUGGUCAUGCAUGUUAUCGCCCAGCAUUUUGGGUCCUCCUUUUGUUAACUGUGGUGAAAUAAAGAGUUGUCUGUUUGGGUAUCUCAGGUGUUGCCAAUCUCGUGCUUAUCAGGACUCCUGGAGCUACAAUUAUGAAUCUGUUGGGGCUUCUGUUUUCCUCAGUGUGUUCUUGCAGUGCCUUGUAAAACCAAACAAUCUCGUGUGUCACGAAAGGGCUGUGUAAUAAAGAACCGUUAACAUACUUUCAGCUUGCUAUUGCUAGACUGGACUUUGUAACUGAAAAUUUAAACUGAUAUUUCAAAGUAAAUAAAGAGUUGAACUCUCA